AUGUUAAUUAUUUGGGGUACGGGGGUGGGUCUGAAGUGCACCCAUUACCCGUCUCUGCCCCCUCCCAUUCUCCGUCCCCCUCCCAUUCUCCGUCCCUCUCCCAUUCUCCGUCCCCCUCCCAUUCUCCGUCCCCCUCCCAUUCUCCGUCCCUCCUCCCAUUAUCCAUCCCUCCCUCCCAUUCUCCGUCCCUCCACCCAUUAUCCAUCCCUCCCUCCCAUUCUCCGUCUACCCUCCCAUCCUCCGUCUACCCUCCCAUUCUCCGUCUACCCUCCCAUCCUCCGUCUACCCUCCCAUUCUCCGUCUACCCUCCCAUCCUCCGUCUACCCUCCCAUUCUCCGUCUACCCUCCCAUCCUCCGUCUACCCUCCCAUUCUCCGUCUACCCUCCCAUCCUCCGUCUACCCUCCCAUUCUCCGUCUACCCUCCCAUCCUCCGUCUACCCUCCCAUUCUCCGUCUACCCUCCCAUCCUCCGUCUACCCUCCCAUUCUCCGUCUACCCUCCCAUCCUCCGUCUACCCUCCCAUUCUCCGUCUACCCUCCCAUCCUCCGUCUACCCUCCCAUUCUCCGUCUACCCUCCCAUCCUCCGUCUACCCUCCCAUUCUCCGUCUACCCUCCCAUCCUCCGUCUACCCUCCCAUUCUCCGUCUACCCUCCCAUCCUCCGUCUACCCUCCCAUUCUCCGUCUACCCUCCCAUCCUCCGUCUACCCUCCCAUUCUCCGUCUACCCUCCCAUCCUCCGUCUACCCUCCCAUUCUCCGUCUACCCUCCCAUCCUCCGUCUACCCUCCCAUUCUCCGUCUACCCUCCCAUCCUCCGUCUACCCUCCCAUUCUCCGUCUACCCUCCCAUCCUCCGUCUACCCUCCCAUUCUCCGUCUACCCUCCCAUCCUCCGUCUACCCUCCCAUUCUCCGUCUACCCUCCCAUUCUCCAUCCCCCCUCCCAUUCUCCGUCUACCCUCCCAUCCUCCGUCUACCCUCCCAUUCUCCGUCUACCCUCCCAUUCUCCAUCCCCCCUCCCAUUCUCCGUCUACCCUCCCAUCCUCCGUCUACCCUCCCAUGCUCCGUCUACCCUCUCAUCCACCGUCUACCCUCCCAUUCUCCGUCUAACCUCCCAUUCUCCAUCCCCCUCCCAUUCUCCGUCUACCCUCCCAUUCUCCAUCCCCCCUCCCAUUCUCCCUCUACCCUCCCAUCCUCCGUCUACCCUCCUAUUCUCCGUCUACUCUCCCAUUCUCCAUCCCCCUCCCAUUCUCCGUCUACCCUCCCAUUCUCCAUCCCCCUCCCAUUCUCCGUCUACCCUCCCAUUCUUCGUCUACCCUCCCAUCCUCCAUCCCCCCUCCCAUUCUGGGGAGGGUUAAUGACGUGUAGUUACCUAACGUCUGGCGACACCCACGAGCGACACCCACCAGCGACACCCACGAGCGACACCCACCAGCGACUCCCACCAGCGUCCACCAGCGACACCCACCAGCGACACCAACCAGCGACACCCACCAGCGACACCCACCAGCGACACCCACCAGCGACACCCACCAGCGACACCCACGAGCGACUUAAGACAUUCAAGAUGAAAGAAUGUCUUUGA